AUGGUGAUCCCGCCGUCAACGCUGCCGCAGUGGGCGCCUAGGCCGAGCCGGUCGCCGGCGCCAGCUGGGUUCGACGGCGUGGUCGUGGAGCCGCCGUCGCCAGCGGUAAGGGCGGCCAUGGAAGACGAUCCCGGCGUGUUCCUGACGUGGGAGGACGUCUGCGUCACGGUGGACGGCUCCUACGGGCGAGAGCCGGUGAGCAUUCUGAGCGGGAUCAGCGGGCACGCGGCGCCAGGGGAGGUGCUCGCCAUCAUGGGGCCGUCGGGCUGCGGCAAGACCACACUUCUUGACGCGCUCGCAGGAAGAUUAGGUCCCGGGAUUAAUGAAGCUGGGGAGAUUCUAAUCAAUGGACGCCGGGAGAAACUUGCCUUUGGAACCUCGGCUUAUGUGACCCAAGAAAUCAUGCUGAUGUCUACGCUCUCGGUACGGGAAGCCGUCUACUACUCGGCGCAGCUGCAGCUGCCGGAGACAGUCCCCGCAGCGAAGAAGUGCGCGCACGCGGAGCGCGUGAUCCGCGAGAUGGGCCUCAGCGACGCCAUGGACACGCGCAUCGGAGGGCGGAUUACCAAGGGCAUAAGCGGUGGGCAGCGGAAGCGGCUCACCAUCUGCAUCGAGAUGCUCACACGCCCCCGGCUGCUGUUCCUGGACGAGCCCACCAGCGGGCUCGACAGCGCCGCCUCCUACCACGUCAUGAGCCACAUCGCCAGGAUCGCCGCCAGGGAGGGCAUGACCGUCGUCGCCGCUGUGCACCAGCCCAGCGGCGACGUCUUCGAGCUCUUCCACAGCCUCUGCCUGCUUGCCUACGGCAGGACCGUCUUCUUUGGAGAAGCAGCUCAUGCCACCGAGUUCUUUACUCAAACCGGCUUCCCUUGUCCGAACUUGAGGAACCCAUCGGACCACUUCCUGAGGACAAUCAACAAAGAUUUUGAUGAGAAAAUUGUGAAAAGUUCAAAAGCUACCAGAAUGACUGCCGCCGAAGCAAUUGAUAUUCUAACACAGGCAUACCAGUCUCCCGCUUAUUUGGAAGAAACAGUGAGCAAGAUAGCUGAGAUGAAGCAGAUUAAUGGAGGAGCUUCCUUCAGAAGGAGGGAACAAGCUAGCUUCUCUACGAAGCUCCUUGUGCUUACUCGUAGGUCAUUCAUGAAUAUGCACAGGGACAUAGGAUACUACUGGAUGCGUUUGGGUGUUUAUGUCGGCAUUGGCCUUUGUCUUGGCACUAUCUUCUACCAAGUUGGGAACAGUUACAGUUCUAUCCAGACAAGAUGUUCAAUAAUAAUGUAUACGACGGCACUUCUAACUUUCAUGGCAAUUGGAGGAUUCCCCUCUUUCGUAGAGGAUAUAAAGGUAUUCAAAAGGGAGAGGAUGAGUGGCCACUAUGGAGUAGCAGAGUUCGUGAUCUCAAAUACGUUGUCAGCCACUCCAUACCUGGCCCUCAUCGCCGUGAUCCCCGGUGCAAUGCUGUACUACCUGACGGGGCUCACCAAAGGGACCGACCACUUCGCCUACUUCGUCAUUACCCUAUGCAUGUGCACGUUGCUAGUCGAGAGCAUCAUGAUGAUCAUCGCCGCCCUCGUUCCGGACUUCCUGAUGGGCAUCAUCGUUGGGGCUGGGGUGCAAGGAGUGUUGAUGCUCAAUGGCGGCUUCUUUCGCCUCCCCCAUGAGCUCCCUAAGCCGGUGUGGAAGUACCCUUUCUACUACAUCUCCUUCCACAAGUACGCGGUGCAGGGGUUGUACAAGAAUGAGUUCAUGGGGCUGACCUUCCCGAGCGACCAGCUGGUUCAGGCCAACACGACCAUUAGUGGCAUUCAGGUGCUGCAAGAGAAGCUGGAGGUCGAGAUGGGGUACUCCAAAUGGGUGGACAUUCUUAUACUCUUUGGGAUGAUGGUGAUAUACAGGCUGAUCUUCUUUGUUGUUGUGAAGAUUGGGGAGGAAGUCAGGCCAAAGAUGAGGAAAAUGAGAAGGAAACAGAUAUAG